AAAUGUAUACUUCAGACCUUUACCACUUUUGCUAUAAUACAUGUUCUCCUUUGGUAGAGAUCGAGAGGAGAGGCUGGCAGCUCUCACUGCAGCUCAACAAGAAGCAAUGGAGGAGCUACAGAAAAAGAUUCAGCUGAAGCAUGAUGAAAGCAUUCGGAGACACAUGGAACAAAUUGAACAGAGGAAAGAAAAGGCAGCUGAAUUAAGCAGUGGGAGACAUGCUAAUACUGAUUAUGCACCUAAACUUACACCAUAUGAACGAAAAAAGCAGUGUUCAUUAUGCAAUGUUUUGAUUUCCUCAGAGGUGUAUCUUUUUAGCCACAUUAAGGGGAAAAAACACCAACAAGCAGUGAGAGAAAAUAGCAGCAUCCAAGGACGAGAGCUUUCAGAUGAAGAAGUGGUAUGUUUUGUAAAAUAUUUUAAUAUUAAUAUUAAUAUUCUUCUGGUUUACAGUGUCAUCUGAAAUGUAAUAUUUUAA